UUGCUGGUGCGCACCAUUUCAGGGAAGCACGACAACUGGAGGCGCAACUACGUGACCUGCAGAACACGGUGUCUGUGCUUCAAGCUCAGCUGCAGGAGGCAAGGACCAAGAUCAAGACGGAAAUGGUGGGUAAAACCUUUGCCUGGCUCAUCACUCUUGCCCCUGCAGGAGACAUGGAGUUCUAUCCACUGUGGGAAGAGUUCCAGCCGCAUUUGGUGCGCAAGUACAUAGCUGAGGGGACCACACAAGAUGAGUACUACCUCUUCAUGGGCGGGAACAACAAGCGCAUUGAACGGGCGCUGAAGGUGAUUGGCUGCAAACGUGCGAACAUGAACAAGCCGAUCAAGCUCUGGGCGUGGGGUGCUGGUGGCGUCAUUAACAAGGAAAAGUGGUUCCUCUUGAAGGUUGGUGGCAUCAUUCCAACACAGGCGCGUGAUGAGAAGGAGUGGGUCGAGAAGUUUAAACAUCCAAAGUAUGGCUACGACUGGCACUGCUCUGCUCAGGGCCGACCUUUUGCGAAUGCGGGCUUUGAGCUGGCAGUCAAGAAGGCAUUCGUCAGUGCCCGGUGCAACAUGUUUGCAGUUAAGAUUCCUGCAGUCGGCUAUCUGUGCAACGUGGUAAGAAGUCGCUUGUGA